UCACACUAAGAGGGGGUUAGUAACCUUUUAUCACAUUCGUACUACUUCCGGUGCACUUCCGGUAUAUGAAGCGGUUAUAUUUACACGUGUUUUCUAAAUGACACAACGACGAGACAUCAUCACACAAUAAACACGACAUCACACGCAAUCCUCUGUGCACACUUUACACUGGAUAUGAUGACUUUUUGUUGUUUUUUUGGUUAAGAACUCGAACCCGGAAGUCGUACCAGUACACGUGAUGCACAACACGCGGCUGUGCGUUAUUUCUGUACACGUGUCGGAAUUUUAAAACGUUGUAUUCAAACCGAUUCACAGUCCAACGACGCCGCAUUACAAAGGAAACCGCCUACGAAGAAUAGGUCACCACUUCCGGUUUAUAUAGCCUAACGCCCGCCCUUUCCUUUGUGACGUCACUGCCCCACGCCCCCUUUCAUGGAAUGUCAGAGGCGUGUCAAAACACAGGGCAGGACACACGGGAGCAGCGAUGGGAGACAGCUUCUGCGAGCAGUUAAAGACGGACAGCUGGUUCCUGAAGUCGAACCGGCGCCUGGACACCGAGCUAGUGGACAAGAUCAUCCUGCAGCUGAACAGAAUCUACCCUCAGAUCCUCAGUGACAAGGAGGCCACCAAGUUCCGGGAUCUGGACGUACCCACGUGUGUGAGACUGGCUGAGCUGCUCACACACCUGCAGGAGAAAGGAGAGGAAGCGUGUCGAGAGUUUUACAGGGCGCUUCACCUGCACGUGGAGGAGGUGUAUUUCAGCCUCCCUACACGCCUCCGCCACCGCCGGGAGUCUGUGGAUCCGGUGCACAGAGACGUCUUCAGACCCACGGAGAGACACGUGCUCCAUGAACAGGGUCCUAUGUUCUUCCUCAGCUGUUUCAGUGCGGUUGUAGGAGCGUUGUUGUAUUAUUAUGGAGAUGUGAAGGCGGUGUCGGGUUCGAGCAGCGCUCUGGGCUUCGCCGCUCUGGGGAUCGGCAGGAAGGUCCGAGAGGUUCUGAUCUGGUACACGGAAGACGGGCUGGGGAGAUAACCUCACACACACUUCCUGUUUUAACACUUUUACACUAACACUAUGCUGCAUUAUUAUGAUGAUGAUGAUGAUUAUUAUUAGUGCCUGGAAGAAGAGUGCAGGUAUAAAGUGCCUUAUGAGGGUAUGUUUUUAAAGGGUUAUGUAGAGAAAUUAAAUGUAAACGUUACGGAAUUUACUGAAGCUGUAAAGGUCCUGUUGGUUCACCCUCAGGCGGUGGUACUGUGAGUGACUUCAGAAACACCGGGGACCAGACCCAUCAGAAAUGGGACAGAGAUGGUGUGUGUGUGUGUGUGUGUGUGUGUGUGUGUGUGUGUGUGUGUGUGUUUAUAGGGACUUCUGUAUGCAAAAAGCCAGUAAGAAGCACAAAAAUCUUAGAAAGUCUCCAUACACAGAUGGAGGUUUUUUAGCAACACGUCUUCCUAAACCUAUUUAAAAACAUUUAAACGCAAAAGAACGUGCUGAAAGCGGUCUCACGGCCCGAUCUGGAAGAUUGUAAUGGACACUGCUGUUAAACUGAGCUUCAGUGAAGAUCCCACUGAGGAAGGCAUGAGAGGCGAUCUGGUGAAUUAUGAGAAGUGUAUAUGGAAAUUUUGAUGAAAUCGUCACUUUUGAGAGAACACUAACAUUGUGUUUCAGCCUGAUCUACACUAUAGGACCUCAACAAAUCCACUCAGUCAGGAUUCAAGGAUUCUCGAGUACAUUUGACAAAAUCUGAGAAGAUUGUAGGAGUCACCUGAAUGACCUUCUGUCUAUAGUGUGAGUGUAUGCUCAUCAGAUGAACCCCAAUCACACUGAUCUUACAAGUCAUUUUGAAAUCACAGCAGCUUGGUAAUUUUGGAUGAGCAGACACAGCUGGAGCAACAUCUACAUCAGUAUCUGCUCAUUGUUCUAAUGAAUGCGGGUUCUUCUGUGAAAUGAUCAGGUGACCAGAAUUGUACACCAAAGCAGCAGGUACGCAAACAUCUCGCGUUUUCCGUAUCUCAAACUGGUCAUAUGAAUGAAGAUGAUUGUCAGCCAAUCACAGGCGAGCUGCACUAAAGUUCCUGUAACAUUAGCAGGAGAGCAUGGCACUUCAUUUACAGGGUUUCCAUCAGGGUUUCCAGGUGAGCAGAAGGCAUUCAGUGCACUUUCUUUUGCACAGCAGAAUUAAAGUAUCAGGGUGAAGUGACUGUAGGACACAGGAGCCAGUGAUCGGUGUGAUAACCUCCUGCGUCUUUAUCUUCCAAUGUAAAAAUAAUCAUGUUAUAAACAUCAAAAUAAUAAACAGCAGCCUGUUUGUUUCACAGAAACAUUUCCACCUUUUUUUUAAAAAGAUAUAUAUAUAUAUAUAUAUAUAA